AUGUACAAAAACAGACCGCCACCCCCCAAACAAAGGAAAUUUCCCUCGGAAACUGCUGAAGUCCUGGACCCCCUCAGCCCAAUAAAGGACUUAAAGAGGGGUCAGGGGAACGUGGGCGGGGAUUGGUGGAGCGGUUUCCGAGGAGCAAGGCUGCGGGAGUGUGGGCCCAGCCCCCCACCUUCCAGAACCGGGGGCGGAGGUGCUCCCAGGCGCCCCAGCCGCGGGAGCCGGGAAACCCGGAGCCCGGAGCCCGCCCCAUGCCGCAGGCCCGAGGCGGCAGCGACCUGGCCCGCCUCCCACCGGGAAUCUGUUGCUUGGGGCCGAGGCUGUCGAGUCGGGCUGGGGCUGCGGGCGCCGAGUGGCCGCGGAGAGGAGGCCGAGGCCGAGGUCGGCGCCCGCUCCGCGCGAGUGCUGCCGCCCUGUCGAGCGCCCGCGGUACACUUCCAAAGAGCCGCGGCGGGAGCGCCGGCUCGCGUCCGCUACCGCCCCCAGAGCCCUGGACCCUCGGCUAAACCCAGACGGCCUGACGUCCCCCAUUCCCCCUCCUUCCUCAACCGCCGCCGCGACCCCGCGACCUCAAUCUCCGAGCCCUGGCCGGGACCCGCGCCCGCGCCCCCGCCCGCCGACCGCCACCUCCCUCCCGGACCGGACCCUGCUUCUCGCCCUCGGCACCCACCCCCGCCCCUCGCCCCACGAUCGCUACCCUUGCCUCAGGCUCCGGCCCUCCUCCUGAAGUCUGACCUUCGCCCUCCUGACCCCAGCCCUCGCCACCCCCGCACCUCACCCCAGACCCCACCUCGCCCCUCGCCCUAA